CACGCAUUGUCACUUCGUCAUUUCCAUCGUUCAUCCAUCCAUCGUCAUCACCAAAUUCGCUCAAGGAAAGGCUACAUCGCCUCCGUAAGGACCCGAUGCAAGACUGGUCAAAGCUCAAGGUCGCUGAGCUCAAGGAGGAGCUGACCUCGCGCUCUCUCCCAACCAACGGUCUCAAGGCAGAGCUCGUAGCUCGACUGGCAGAGGCUGAUUCUAGCUCAUCCGCAGCUCCAGAAGCGAAAGAGGAGAAUGGCGCAGAAGUCGCUGAUGAGGCAGAGGUGACGGCAACUGAUGAGCCGCCGGAGACAGAAGGUGGUGCGGGUGCUGAUACGGUACAGAGCGGCGACAAGCCUCGUCGGACCGACGCAGAUGGAGUGGCUUCAAAGAAGAACGUCGAAGAGGAGCCAGCAAUCGAGCUGCUACAGGCACCGGCAGAGGAGCCUGCGCCAACUGAGGAGAUCGAUCUCGGGGGUGAAGCAGCUGCAGAGCAGCCAAAAGACUCUGCCAUCGACGCUACCACGGCAGUGACCACGAAAGAGCCGCAGCCCACCGAGGGCAAGCCGGCCGAUUCAGCCAAGCCCGCCUCUUCCAGCCUCGUUACAUCGGAAUGGCUCAUUUCCCAACUCUCUGCCCUCAACGCUUCGCACACCAACUCUCCGUCAUCCCAGAUUGCUGGUCACCCAGGGACAGUACGAUCCCUCACUGGCCCCUCAGGCGAGGCAAUGGUAGUCAAGCAGACCCUUCCUGCCGAAGUGGACUUCUACGCAUCCCACCUGCACGCCUCAGGCAAGCUCGAAAGCGAGACGAACAAAGGCCAGUCACUGCGCAAGCAGAUGGCCACGAGGUGGACGCCGCGCUUCUACGGCUCUGCGACUGUUGCAGAGGGCGAGAAGCCGUACGUCGCAUUGGAGGACUUGCUCUCUGGUGGGUUUGAGAAGGCAAACGUCCUCGACGUCAAGCUGGGGACUCAGCUUUGGGACGAGAUGGACGCUUCUCACGAAAAGCAGGAGAGGAUGGAAGCGGCGGCAAAAGCGACUACAAGCGCUGAGACUGGGAUUAGAUUGACGUCAUGGAGAACAUGGGACUCACAAGCUGAGGAUGGCGCGGGACAAUUUCGAUCGAUGGGCAAGGCCUUUGGCAAGGCGAUCAGUGCUGACCAGCUGCCGCUGGGCCUCACUGCCUUCUUUGGCUUAUUGAGGGGCAAAGAGGCGCAAGAGUUUGAAGAGAUCGAUCAGCGGGCAGCGAAGGACGCAGUUGCCGUCGCGGAUGCUGCGAAGAGUCCCGUUCUCGAAGGUCCAACACUCAUCUCAAGUACCCCUCGGCUGCCGUUCCACCUUGUACAUCCGCUUCUCACACUACACCUUCUUCCUCAGCUGGACCGGCUCAUCGGCCUCAUGUCACAGCUCGAGGUGCGCAUUCGCGGCGGCUCGCUACUCGUCGUCUUCGAAGGGGAGCUGAACGCGCUCUGGAGAAGAAUGAGCGAGAGGGCAAUACCCCCCGCAAAGGGCGAUGAGGCGGAGGAGAAGAAAGAAGGGGAGGACCAACUUCAUGACGCCAAGACGCCGAAAGAGCGCAAGCGUUCUCCGCCCCUAGUAAAGCUCCGCCUUAUCGACUUUGCGCACUCUCGUUUUGUACCGGGCCAAGGACCGGACGAGGGGCUGCUGAAAGGACUGCGUACGCUGCGCGCCCUUCUUGGCCACAUGGUCGAGGACGUCGUGCCAAUUUCGCAGGUCAGCAUCGAAGAGGCUGCGCAACAUCUUCCUGCGGCGAGGGUGCUGAGAGUCGAGGGGCUGGUCAGGCCUAUGACCCUUGCGUUGCUUAAGGACAAGUGCAAGGAGAUCCUCGCGCAAGGGGAGGGGCAGGAGGAUCCGCUCGACACGACUGUCCUGGAUGGAGGGGCGUGGCUGGAUGGUAUCAAGUCCUGCGGGUGGCUAGUGUUCCGCACCACUGAGCUGGCGAUGAAGCUGCAGCGGGAGUGCGACGGCAGUCCAUUCCCUCCCACCGCUUCAACAGCCAUGGCCGUAGAUGAGGCGGCGGGUCGACCCUCUGCACGCUUCUACCCUGUAGCGGAGCCUAGUGUGGACACGAUCGUGACGGAAUAUGUGCCGCUUGAGGAGAGGGCAUGGAAGGGCGAGAAGAGGGAAAGGUUGCCGCUGCUCGUUCGCAAGCCGAAGUCGAACAACGACGAGGCCGACAAAGAGGGACUCGAGUGGCCCUUCCUUCUCCGUCUGGCUCACCCGCCCAGCAACGAGUCCGCGGGGAAGGAAGGUCAAGCAGCAAGCAAGAAGGAUUCCAAGAAGCGCAAAGGCCAAGACCCUGUGGCAGGCGUCAGCAACAAGCGUGCCGACCGUGGUCAAGGGACAACGAUCCGUGGUAUCGCUGGUCGCAGCGACGACGCUGCAGGCGCUGCUCUGAUGGGCAGAAUGGGCGGCUUCACAUCGCGCGACGGGCCACGACGUCGUUCACCACCUCCUCGACGAGACGUGUGGGAGCCUCAAAUGGACCGUCUCCCGCCGCCCGACCCGUACGGCUACUAUACUGACGAGCGGGAUGCCUGGCGUCCACCUCCGAGAGGAAGGAUGGAUGAGAUCGAUCGUAGGGAUUGGCGAUAUGACGCUCGGCCCAUUCCUGAUCAAUACGCCGCUCCACCACCGCCGCCAAGGGAUGAUUGGCGUAGGAGAGAGAGGGACGACUGGCGAGCGCCGCGGGACGAUUAUGCUUACGGCAGGAGGAGAAGUCGCAGCCCUGUUGACACUUGGAGGCGAGACGAUCGCGCGAGGGACUAUUCUGCGCUAUCUCGGCCUCUUCCUGAAGAAAGAUGGCGCCGCGACCCCUCUCCGCCCCCACCGGCGGCAAUGUCGCGCUAUCGCCAAGCUGAACGCUACUACCAGAACGACAGCCGUGCACCUCCUCCGCGUCGUGACGAGCGCGACUACGGUCGUGAGCGCUACACGCCCCCGCGUGGUGCCACCACAAUUGGUCCGCGAGGGGAUCGGCCGCCUGCUCCAGUCGCCACGGGUGACCGAUGGAGACAGCGCGAAGAAGAUGUGAGGCACAGAUCACCUCCCCGUGGUCCGAGGGAUGGAGCAGGGGGUAAAAGGUAUGCCGCAGAUGCGGAGCAAGGGGAUCGCUACGUCCCGAGGGGGCGAUUCGGUGAUGGAGGAAGAUGAGAGCGGAUCCUCUGAUGGAACACUGGACUACAACACAAA